ACAAGGAGGUGGUGAUAUGGAGUACUCCCUUAGCAAGCCAAAGCCAAGAGCACUACUCCCUGACGAGGCGAAAAAGCUAUCUAUCACCGUCCUCAUGAUCUCCCUCCCUCUCCUCUAUGUCGCCCUCUUCCCCGUCCGGCUCUCCUCCCUCCACCAAGACUCCGUCUUCUGGUUCCUCGUCUCCAACUCCAUCAUCCUCAUCAUCGCCGUGGACUCUUGCACCUUCUCGUCAAACCAUGUGUGUGAUAUCUAUGAUGAGUUCAUCAAGCAUGGUCGCACGAGGCAAGUCGAACUGAGUCUCCCCUUGUCUUCAAACCCUUCGAUGAAGAUAGCGGAUUGCAAUGAUAACUGCGAGGAACAAGAGAAUGACGAGCUCAUCCAGCAUAGUAGCGUAGGCAAAGGUGCACCUCCUACGAAGAUUGAUAAUCACAAAAGGCCAACACCUCUUAACAAAAGUGCUAGCACAAAGUUUGAAACGUCGACGGUCGACAGGCAAACGAAGUCACUGCGUCGGUCAAUGACCGAGAAGAAAAUUGAGUAUGAAGUCCGUGAAGAGGAGGAAGAUACUGAGGCUGAUGAGUACUCGAGCAUGUCCCUCGAGGAGCUCAAUGAGAGAGUGGAAGAGUUCAUCAGAAGGUUCAACAGGGAGAUGAGGCUUCAAAAUGAAUGAAUAAAGGCUCUCAAUUUUAAUUACUCCGUUUCAUUAGUUAAUAGAAUCGUCUCCAGGCAUAGCAAGAGUUGAAGAGUUGGUAUCCAAGUGAUAGACUUGUAUUAAUGGGUAAGGGUUUGAGUUGUGGAUGCAGCAAAUAACUCUCCGAUUUAGGAGACUGCUCAGUACCUGAGUUACCUCCUUUCAUCUCACUGUGAGGCUGACAAUGAGAGGCACUUAGCGUGUCACGUUUUGCAUCAUUAGUUAAUAAAAUCAUAAAAGAAAAA